GUCAAGAGAUCAGAGGGCUAGGCAUCAUCACAAAAACGUACGUUCACACAGUCGGAUCAGCGCUGCGUCUCCCGUUACACGUUGUGCCGGAGUCUGAGUCCAUGAGCCAUCCAUGUCCCCAACCAAGCACGAUCGUUUCUACUUCGACGAUGGGAACGUUAUCUUCCUGGUCGAGGAGACACUCUUCAAUAUCCAUCGCUAUUUCCUCAAGCGUGACUCCCCAGUCUUCCAGGACAUGUUCUCCAUGCACUCCGAUGAGGGGCGCUCAGAUGAUAGUCCGAUCCUACUCGAAGGCACGAAAAGUGUAGACUUUGCGUGCUUAUUAGCGUGCCUCUAUCCCAGGUCUGUUGGGGAAGUCGAUGAGAUGCACGCCGAGGAGUGGGCCGCUGUCAUCGAUCUCGCAGUCAAGUGGCAGUUUGACGCUGUUUUCAAACUGGCCGUGAAGCAAAUGAAGUCGCCCUAUAUGAAUUCGCCUACGCUGGCGCUGCAAAUCGCAACCGCCCGCAGACACAACAUGGAUUCCUGGUAUGUGGAGGCUGUCCUGAAGAUGUGCGAGCGUAGCCGCCCAAUUUCUCCUGAAGAAGGAGAACAGCUUGGUCUACUGGAGACCAUCCGUGUCUCGGCUAUGCGGCAGAAGCUACACAGUGGAAGUGGAAAGCGUGGUUCUAUUGGGUCAAUUUACGGCACAAUGCCUGCGAUCAGCAUACCUCCUAUUGAACAGACAAACAUAAUGCACGAACUCGGUAUUUCAUCAGAGGCAUGGCCUUCGCCUACAAUUCAUUCUCCCUCAGUACCGCCACCCGGGUCGCCCAUAGACCGGCGGCCACUCUCUCCUGCUCCUCCUCCAAGCUUAUAUGAUUGACGCAUUUGCUACGUAUGGUGUAAUUCUCGGUUCUAGUGAUGUACAUUGCACAACGUCGAUGGGAAUGCUACCUGACUUCCCGGACAUGUGGAAAGGUGAAGACUGUACGAUACAUUUUGGAAAAUCACGAGUGGUGCUCACCAAACCUGUGUUGCAAUA